AUCAGUCCACUGAAAUCAGUCUUUGAAGGAUUUUAAUCAAUUUCGAUCGAUUUACUGCGCGACGAUGUCGGAUGAGAGCGAUAAAAAAUCACCAAGAGCUCCAGAGGUUGUUAAAGUAUUUGUGAAAUCAUGUACAAACUUGAGGGGAACAAAAAGUGAAUCAUUGACAUCGCUAGUGAGAGUGGAGUAUGGGCAAACAUCGCUGGGAGAGUCCAGUAAGAUUGAAACAACCAAAGAGACGAAAAUUGCUGAUUACAAUUUUACCACAUCAUUCGAGUGCUCGUUUGAUGAGCCAUAUUCAUUUGAUGGUAUUUGUCAAAAGCCUGUAGUAGUGAUAAUUGCUGAAGUAUUGCCGAAAGAUAAAAAAGCGAAGGAAGAGAAAACUUUAAUUCUUGGACAAUGCUGUGUUGAUUUGCUUCCUCUCCUGAAAGGGUCAAAAGAGUUUACUGUGAUACAACCAGUUACCUCACCCACUGUCUCGCCAGUUUCGGACCCUUCAAAUGCCGAUAUAGACCAGCCAGAACUUGAAAUAACUGUUUCAGUCAAUGAACCAUUACUGGCACCCCAUGAGCUCAAUGGAAGCAAUUUAUUCACAUUUCAAAUGGACAGUGCGUAUUCCGUGCCGGAGUCCUGGCAAGGUGGAGGACAAUCAUUUACUUACACAAUCACUCUGCCAGUUCCAAUUACGUCACAGAAAGAAAACACGGUGGUUAUUCCUAAUGGUUUACUGAGACCGCCUGGAGAGAAGGAGGCAAACCAAAAGCGAAAAUGGAGUAUUGGGCCUGCAUCAUCUGGUAUGGAUUUAUUCAUUCAAGAAAGUUAUGUUGGUGAAAGUUUCACUGAAGAGGAACACGGUGACUUACAAGAUAUGAACGAUUUAAUCUUCAGACGUCAAGCUCAGGUAGAAAAACCACGCGUUACUUGGAACUCUGAAAGAAGAUGUUUCCUCUCUGCUGAAGCAGCGCUAAGUCUGCAGGAAAAGAUCGCACACAAUCGUAUUUGGCCGGUAGAGAUCAUGAGACUCCCCAUGCCGUCUCUCGCCAAAGGCAAAGGAAAGCAAGCAGCCAACGACGACGAUCAGAACAUCACGUUUCAUGGAGUAGCUUACGUAAAUAUGGCGCCAUUGCUCUACCCGGGAAUUAGGAAGAUCCAAGGGGCAUAUUUGGUGAAGCCUUACAUUGAUAGCGAGGUUUUGGAGAAGACGAAAAGAAGAGGAAAUCUAAUGGAAGAGGCCGCUCAGAUUUCAAGUGGCGUGAAUCGUAUGGUGACACCAUCCGUACCAGCGAAAUUGGCUGCCAGCAAAACUGGUGCUAAAGAUACGAAGCCUAAGCCGUCCAUGUCAACACUAAAAGCUGAACCGACAUCAGAAGGAGAGGUGACAGAUGCUGAAGGCCAGCAAUACAUUGAAUCAAGGACAUUUGUAACAAUGAAGAUAGAACUGGACAAGCCUUUGGUGCCUAAAAAACCUGCAUCAUCUCUUGCCAGAAAAGUUGCCGAAAUUAUACCUCCACGGCCGGUGUUUUCAAAAAAAACAGGAGGUGCCAAAAAGGCUUUGGACGAUUACCAUUCUCAGAUUCUUAAUGUCGCCAAUCUGUUGCUGGAUGAAUUCAGGUAUCUAAACGGAGCUGAUAUGGAGAACGGUUCUCUUGGUCAAUCUCAUGAAGACAUGGAGGCAAGGAGAAAGGCUUUUCUAUAUGAACUGAACACGUCAGGAAAGUAUUUUGCAUUCAAGGAACAGAUGAAGAAUGCUGUGAUAAAAAUAGUUCGUGAAAAGUAUUUCCAUACCUCAUCCUUCACGGAUCAGGAGAAGCUCCAAGCUUUUCUUAGCGAUCUUUACGUUUUUCUUGUCGAUGAAAUGCACAAAGGACUAAACAAGGCUAUAUCAGUUGACGAAGAAGCACAAGUUCCUGCAUCAAUGGUGGACAAUGAUAUGUUGAAACAUUUUGCUAAAGAAGCAGAGGUAAACCAGAACUACGAACUUGCAGCGAAAUAUUAUCAAGAGAGAUUGGCAAGAAAUAAGAACGAUCCAGAUUACUGGUUUGAUUACGGAACACAUUGUUUGCUUAUUGGAGACAUUUCAAAGGCAGAUGAAUGCUUCAGAGAGGUCAUUGCAAUAAACCAGAAACAUUUUAAAGGUCUUUUGAUGAACGGUUGUGUGUCAUUGAUGCAAGAGAAAUACGAAGAAGCGGAGACUUUCUUUGAAGCAGCGACGUGUGAGGAUGAAAAGAGUAUACUUGCGUGGACCACGUUAGGUCUUUACUACGAUAGUUUUCAGAAUGACAUCGGAGCUGAAAGAGCAUUCCUUGAAGCGACGCGAGCAAAUGCGGCUUCCAUUCCAAAGAAAGUUCUGCCACCGUCCUUGCAAGGUGAGCAGAAUGCCGCAGAAAGAAAGGACUCUGAUACAUCCGUAUCAAGAAAGGGAAGCACUUCAGAAAUGCCUGAAACCACGACUCAAAAACACCGUGGUUCCUUUAUCAAAUCACAGAAGAACACGUCAGCAGAACACACCGCCGUUGAUAUGAUUUCCAACGAGUCCUCUGCAGAUGUGGACGAUAAAGUAUCAACUGGACCGUCACCACCUCCUGCGCCACCGAUCAGCAUAUUUCUUCAGACAGCGGACUUUCUUUUGAAUGUGAACGUUUUGGUGCUCGCAGAGGGUGCAUUGGCUCAUGAACUUGUGAGUAAUGGGCCGUCAGCUCUGUAUCACACCUUGUUGGCACGAUUUCAUAUUCAAAAUGAAAAUUUCAAUGAAGCUGAGGAGAACCUGAACGAAGCACUGAAACUUGACCAUCAGAGCUCAAACGCAUGGUCACUGCUUGGCCACGUGAACUACUUCACCCAGAGAAUGAAAGAAGCACGUGAAUGUUACGAAAGAACGGUGGCAUACGUAGACGAGCCCACGGACAUCCAUAGCGUACUUCUACGAUUGGCAACAAUAUACUUGAAGGAAGGACAGUUUGACAAAGCAAAAGAACAGUUUCUUUUAGCUUGUAAACGCAAUCCAUCGCCUGUUUCAUGGCUUGGAGUCGGGGUAUCUUGCUACGAGUUGGGAUCAUUGAAAGAAGCAGAAGACGCUUUGUCUGAAGCGAAUAUUCUCAACAAUACGGAUGCUGAGGUUUGGGCGUACCUCUCUCUCGUGUGUUUAAAGACAGGAAGGCAAUUAGAGGCAGAGCAAUCAUUCAAAUAUGCCAUCAAAUUAAACCUUCAAAAUGAAGAACUUUUGAGUCAGUUACAUUCCAUGCAAGAACGUGUUGGAUUUGGAAACCCAAUUGCCAUUUAGUUAAAAAACGUGUUUGUAGAAAUUGUAUUUAUCCUUGUUACAUGUAAAUAAAUAAGAUAUGUUUUGCCUGUUAGAAGUUGAGACUGUAAUUUUACCGAUCAUUAAAUAUUGAUUAAAACAGAAAAUGUUGUCUUCGUUUUCAUAUGCAUGUAGAAUUAUCUUCCUAAUGUUUCUAUUUAUUUCAACUUCAAUAUAUCCAGCUUUAUACGACAGCUUUUAAACAACAUUUCUUUCUUUUUGUAUUUUUAAGUGGGUUAAAGUAGCCUCAAUGUCUAAUCAUAUACGAAGCAUGAAUAACGUAUAUCCGUUUAAUUAUUCAUUUGUGCACCUGCCUGUGGCAAUACAAGCAGUUAUUGGGCCUAAUAUCAGUCAUCGGUUAUAUAUAUAUGGCUUUUGUUUGCGUCUAUAAUCGAAACAUAAAUAUAUUUCCUUAUCAUUUAUUAGUUGUUUGGAGCUGAAUUCUUCUAGUUUUAGUGAAACAACGUAAAAUGAAGUAGAAAGUUCUGUUAUCUAUAAACAAAAUUUGUGCUUUGGCACGAAUGGAUAUCAUCUCUGUCGAGGUCACUUAUCCCACAUUACCCCAACCACCCCUCACUAGCCCGCCACGUACCCCAAUUGCAACACCGAUCGCUCGUCCACCGGCUUUUGCGAGCUACCAAGAAGAAAGCCAGCAAGGAAUUGUGGGGUGUUAUGACAUUAACGAGCUUAGAGAGAGACUUGAACUGUUUGGAAUUUCGAACGAGAUGCGGACAGCGUUUCCCCGGAGACGGAAAACGGCGGUGCGUAGAGACUUUAGUACAAAGCGGACAUCCAUGUUAACAUGUGAUGCGCAAUACUCCAAUAAGAACCUGAGUCCGAUGUCACGUGAACACUCCCGCAAAUUGUUUCCAAUUCAUUCCUCCGCCACACGAAGCUGCUAUAUUGAUUUCAGCGGAAACUUCCGUGACACAUUGCGGGCACAGUCAGUGAAAAUGAAGACCAAGGAUUCGGCGCCUGCGGUAAAUCUAAAUGUGAGUCAGCAGAUAAAACCAAAGACGCCACAAACACCGAAGCGUAAGAAAGAUUUGAGGCGAAAGAAAAAACGAGAUUCUGUCUCUGAACCAGUGGAAAUGAAGGAAGGACUUCUUGUCAUUUCCAAUGGAAAAGUUGUAGAUUACCGUAAAGACGUGAGACGAUCGAAAAAUCUUAAGGAAGACGAGCGAAAGAGAUUGCGGAAUGAAAUGCGCGAACAUUUGAGUGUCGUGCGUUCCUUUGACGAUAUUAUUAAAGAAUUUGACAUAACAAAAAUGCAACUGGAGCAAAUGAAGACAAUGUAAAAUGCGCCAUCAAUUUUAAGCCGGUUUCAGAAU